GUGGGAAGAAGAAGGCAUGGGAGGAUGAAGCGGUACGAAUCGCGGUGAAAGCCCAGGCCUACACAGCGAAGGCUCUUCGAGCCAUGGGCUCUCGCCAAGUCCCGCACUUGGUGACGAAAUGGUUUGGGGCAAAUGACGAUUUCACUCGCUCCGAAGUCUUGGGUAUUUUGAAUGGCGUCCACCGCCUGCUGAGCAAUGUGGACUACGUUUUCCCUGGGGAGGAUUGCACUCCCAGUACCUACGCGUAUGUUUAUCCAUCUCCGCCGUGGAACAAAAACAUGCGUGGUCGCUAUGUCUUCCACUUGUGUGACCUCUACAUGAACACCAUCGAGGGUGACAAGAUCGAGACUCUCACGCACGAGGCCUCGCACCACGAAACCAUGUAUACCGAUGAUGUUUGUGCAAAGGGCAAAGAAGAGGAUGGCAGUUGCAAAGAUGGCAAGGUGGCAUAUGGACGCUGGACCUGCGAAAAGCUGGCGAGGGAGUAUCCGGAGGAAGCCGUGAAGAACGCCGACAGCUAUUGCUUCUUCAUCAAUGAUGUUGCGCUCAAGCCCUGA